GCAAACGCAGCAUUACAUCGCUGGUUAGCUGCUAGCAAACAAGAGCAGGAAGCCAUCAUGUUUCCCUCCACUCAGCGACAAAAACAUCGACCUUUUUUGGCUUAUUUACUUUUGGCCGCGUACCUUACGUCGGUGCCGGUGUCGGCCAAGCUGGACAGCCUCCGGGAAGUCACCGACGGCAACUGGGAGGACAUCCUGACCGGGGAAUGGAUGAUUGAAUUCUACGCACCGUGGUGCCCCGCCUGCCAACAGCUGCAGCCGGUCUGGAAGGAGUUUGCGGACUGGGGGGACGACAUGGGGGUCAACAUAGCCAAAGUGGACGUGACGGAACAACCAGGUCUGAGCGGGAGAUUCAUCAUUACGUCACUUCCGACAAUUUACCACUGUAAAGAUGGCGUGUUCCGAAAGUACCAAGGCGCUCGCACCAAAGACGACUUCCUCAGCUACAUCGAUGCUCAAAAAUGGAAAGCCGUGGAGCCGAUCUCCUCCUGGUUCGGGCCCUCGUCUUUUCUAAUGAACUCAAUGUCUGCUCUCUUCAAGCUCUCCAUGUUCAUAAGGCGUUGCCAUAACUACAUGACGGAACACCUGGGGAUCCCCGUGUGGGGCUCGUACGUUAUAUUCGGCCUGGCCACGCUCUUCUCCGGCCUCGCUCUCGGACUGCUGCUGGUGUUCAUCGCCGACUUUGUCUUCCCUUCGCGGCGAUUCUCCUCCCCUGACUACUACCAGAAAAAGCAAACGCUGGAUCAAGCCCGGCUAAUCCAGCAACAGGAGGAGGAGCACGAGGCAGACGGCGAGGAGGACGACGACGAAGAGGAGGAGUACGAGGACAGAGACCCGGACGGCGUGUGGAGGACGCGGAGGCGAAGAGACUCCCCCGGGCCACGCAAAGGACACGCCUUGUCGGACGACGCCCUGAGGAAGAGGGUGGCUCUUAGCCGCCAGGACAAGGAGGAGGACGAGGACGAAGAAGACGAGGAGGACUCGUAGAGCGGCGGCGCGGAGCGUCACGUGACCCGUGCUACUGGACGUGAAGUCGACCGGAGUGGGAGGAGACUCGCUCUUUGCAAAAUUGUUUACAACGCCAGGCUUCUGCCCUAUCGACCUCCCCCCUAAGAUAAGGCGCCAUCUUUUUUACCUUCUCUCUCCUCCCUCACUUCACAGGAGAACUACCCUCAUUUCCGCACCGGUGUUGUAAGUCGCAUCCACCAAAUUUUAGAAGAAAUAAUUAUUUGUACAUAUUAGACGCACCUGACCAUGAGUCGCAGACAUACAGUCCAGGACAAAAGUGUGGACACGCCUUCUCCUCAUUCUAUGAGUUUUCUUUAUUUUCUAUUUACAUAGUAGAUUGUCUAUGAAUGAACACGUGUGGAGUUAUGUACUUCACACAAAAAAAGGUGAAAUAACAUGAAAACAUGUUUUAUAUUCUAGUUUCUUCAAAAUAGCCCUGAUUUACUUUUUCGCUCACUCUUGGCAUUCUCUUUUUUUUUUGUUUGUUUGUUUGUUUUUUUUUCCCUUGGCCUCAGUCUGCACCCCUUCUCCAGGGCCCAGGCUAAGACCGAUUUUUUUUAUUUUAUUUUAAUCUUCUAUUUUUUUCUCCCCCCCGCCCCUGUUUACCUGUAUCUCAUCUCUUUUGUAAGGGGCGCUGGAAGCCGGCAUACCCGUCAGCGAUCCUGUUCUGUCUCCCUGUAAUGUUUGUUUGAUCUUGAAUGGGAUUGUGCUGAAAAUUUUAAUUUUCCUGAAGGAACUCUCCUGACGGAAUAAAUAAAGUACUAUCUAAUCUAAUAUAAUCUAAUCUAAUAAACUUCAUGAGAACCUUAGAAUGGUUUUCACUUCACAGGUGUGGAGAGAAUGCCAAGUAUGUGCAAAGCAGUAAUCAGAGCAAAGUGUGGCUAUUUUGAAGAAACUAGAAUAUAAAACAUGUUUUCAAUGAUAUCACUUUUUUUGUUGUUAACACAUGUGUUCAUUCAUAGUUUUGAUAUGACAAUCUACAAUGUAAGUAGUCAUGGAAAUAAAGAAAACACAUUGAAUGAGGAGAAGUUGUGUCCUAACUUUUGGCCUGUACUGUAAAAUCGGUACAAAAGAUUUUGUAAAUCUUUAUUUACAUACCUUGUGGUGCCUGUCAGACGGCAGUAAAACUGACGAUCAUACAAAAUAAAUCAUCAUCAUGGACCCACUAGCAGAGGAAGCUCGUUCUCCAAUCAGCUAAACACACUCAAUAACUCCACGCUGAGGUUUUGGUGGAUUUACGAAACUGAAACAAUGCAAAACGAAUGCCAUUGUAAGUAAAUUAUACCAACACAGACACUUGUGUUAGCAUAUUCGCUAAUGCUAACAGUGCUAGCUUGAUUACAUUAUAAUGGCACUAAAUAUGAAUUAAAAAAAUACUUUUACAGACAGGACAGAUGGGACUGUUAAGUAAGUAUGAAUUGUUUUAGAUGUAUUGUAAAAUGUACAAAUGUUGCUCGGAGUGGUGAAUGGAGAACUCUUUCUAACCAGAAACGCUAUGGCGGGAUAUACUUCCGGCACAAAAGAGGAAGUCCAUUGUCAGUGAGUGAACUGGUCCAAAAGAGGGGGUCAUUUCACAAACAAUAACAUACCAUUUCAGUGUCUGUUAGCGUAAUAUGACAAUUAUUUCUUGAAUACAAUACAUUAUGGUCAUUGGUGAAGAAAAAUCCCUAAUCUGCGCCGUUUCACAACCCGCAGGGUGCAAAGCGUUGGAAAAAAGUUGUGGUUUAUAGUCCAUAAUAUACGGUAACUUGGCUUUUUGCUGUGCAUUUUUCUUUCAUGUUGAACAUACAAAAUAUUAAACCGUUACAUACAUUACAUUUUCAUUGAUUCCUUCAAUUCUAAAAUAUUAAACAUAUUUAAUACAUUUCAUGAAAUAAAAACAAUCCUAAUUUAGAUCUUCAAAUAUGAAGAAAUUAAUAAAAAUGUUUUCAAUGUAUUUAUUUCAAAUUAUGUUUGCCAAAUGAGUACAUUAUUUCACAUUUACUAAUUAAUGCAAAAUCUGUAUUGCGAAACAAUUAGAAUCUAUUUUAUUGGCGCUUGCCCCCUGAAAACAUCAGCAUUUUCGACAAGCCUUUUUAAAAAGAAAAGCAAACUUUCAGAUAAUAAAUACUGUGUAAAAAGAAUAGAAUGGAACGUAGAUAAAACAAGUGCAGUAUUUUCAUGAGGUAAUGUAAUAAUAAUGUACUGUAUUCACCGUGGAGAGCGGACUUCUGUGGUAUCUCCCCCCAGCUGCUUCUCUGUCAAACACAUAAUCGGCAGCUUCUCCAUAUUUUCAUGGAUAAACAACUGCCCUUUUGGAUAUUAUUUUAUCGUCCUCGGCUGGCGUUAUCGACUCAAUUCUGCUUCAGUAUGGCGCAGACUAGCAACGCUACGCUCCAACUGCUUUUACACACUGUCAUGUUUUGACAAUUUCCUUCUUUAAUUCAAUGAGUAUAAUCCACUUUUUUUUCUCAUGGUUAGAAAAACCAACUCAUGUCCGUGUUUGUGAGUUAGAGCGGCUGUUUUGGUCGGAUCUUAUUGUGACACUUGGGAACCCAAUUAUUGCUCGGAGCCUAAAACAUGACAGUUAACUUGUACCCUGUAAGGUACCACUCUAUUUAUUGAAGUGGUUUAUAGUUGAUUUCAUUUUGGCUACGUUUACAUCGCGGCGUUCUAUAUACUUAACAUUAAAAAAACCCAGACAAACUCUUAGUUUUUUGUUGUUAUAUACACGCACAGAGAAUAAUCUAAGUCUCAACCAUAUUCACUCCAGAUAACUAAACACGUUUCCUCUUUAUUGUCGACACCGUAUAUCAUAUAUUUCUUUAUUUUAUUCAUUUCUUGUUACAAUUUGAAGUGUUGUCUAAUCAUCAAAGCUUGUUUACUGAUGAAGAGCGCAGUCUCGUGCUGUUUCACAAUUCAUAAAUACGGAACAAACCUUUCGUUUUUUAAAUGAUACAAGUACAAGUUCUCCUUUUCUUUAAAAAUACAGUACAAGUACCAGAAGCUAUUGUGUUUUUUAAUCAGUGUUUUUUUAUUUUUGAAAAUAUUGUACAACUUCUCUAUUUGGUUUUUUUGAAACUCAAUUUUAUCUUCGAAAAUACAGUUCAAUAACAAGCCCUUUUAAAAAAAAAAAAAAAAAACAUUUUAAUGCAGCAAAAGUUAAAGGUCUUUUAAUAAUUUUUUUUAAAAUCAGUAAAAGUACAAAAAUUAUUGUACAGAUUGUUAAAAAAUAAGACAAUGUAAAAAAAAAAACUGUCUUUAUUUUUUUUAAAUUCGGUAAAAGUACAAAAGCGCUGUAUUUUUUUUUUUUUUGUAAAUACAGUAAAAAUCAAAGCGCAUAUUUUCCCAUCCAUCCAUCCAUUUUUCUACCGCUUAUUCCCUUUGGGGUCGCGGGGGGAGCUACAAUCGCAUAUUUUAUUUUUUAGAAAUCAGUAAAAGUACAAAAGUUCUCUGUAUUUUAUAAUUUAAAAAAAUAUAGUAAAUUUACAAGCUAUUUUUAAUUUAAUUUUUUUUCAAAGUCAGUAAUUAUUUUUAAAAAUAUAGUACAAGCACUUUUGUUUUUAUUUUUGAAAAUAUAGUACAAGUCCUAUUUGUUUUUUUUAAGCUCUUAUUUUCAUUUUAUAAAAUACAGUUCAAGUACAGGCUCUUUUUAAAUUAUUUUUUUUUUCUAAUACAACAAAUGUUUAUGGUCUUUUAUUGAUUUAAAAAAUGUUGAUAAUUAAAAGUACAAAAACUCUUUUACUGAUUUAAAAAAAAAAAUAAGACAACGUACAAAACCUGUCUUAUUUUUUAAAAUUCGGUAAAAGUACAAAAGCGCUGUGUUUUUUUUUUUAAAUACAGUAAAAAUCAAAGCGCAUAUUUUCCCAUCCAUCCAUCCAUCCAUUUUCUACCGCUUAUUCCCUUUGGGGUCGCGUGGGGCGCUGGUGCCUAUCUCAGCUACAAUCGCAUAUUUUAAUUUUUAGAAAUCAUUAAAAGUACAAAAGCUCUCUGUAUUUUAUUAUUUAAAAAAAUAUAGUAAAUUUUAUUUUUUUUUCGAAGUCAGUAAUUAUUUUGAAAAAUAUAGUACAAGCACUUUGUUUUGUUUUUAUUUUUGAUAAUAUAGUACAAGUCCUAUUUGUUUUUUUAAGCUCUUAUUUUUAUUUUAGAAAAUACAGUUCAAGUACAAGCUCUUUUUAAAUAAAAAAAAAAGGUUGUUAUGUUCAGUCUUUUAAUUAUAAUUUUUUUUUAAAUCAGUAAAAGUACAAAAACUUUUACUGGUUUCUAAAAAAAAAUAAGACAACAUACAAAACCUCUCUUAUUUUUAAAAAAUCAGUAAAAGUACAAAAGCGCUGUUUUUAAGUUUUUGUUGUAAAAACAAAGCGCUUAUUUUAUUUUUUUAAAUCGGUAAAAGUAAAAAAGCUCUCUGUAUUUUAUUAUUUUAAAAAAAUACAGUAAAAGUACAAGCUAUUUUUUAUAUUAUUUUUUUUAGGUCAAUAAAAGUACCAAAGCUCUGUAUUGUAUUCUUUUUCAAAAUACAGUAAAAGUACAAGCUCUUUUUUUAUUUUUAAAACACAAUACGAGUACAAAAGGUUUCUGUAUUUUGUCAUGUUUAAAAUACAGCACAACAGUAACUUUUAAAGUUAAAAUCAUAAGAUUUAUUUGAACCGAGGGAAAGUUUUAACACAUGUGAACUUUAAAUGCAUCCAUGUAACAAAAGUACUGUAAAUGUUUCCUGAUGUCAAAAAACACGUUUUCAUUCUCUUUGAGUUUUUCUUUAUCUCCAGAUACAUCAUCAACAAUACUCUUGAAUUAUUAGCUCCAUUGUUGUUUGAUUGUGAGAUUUUGUAUGGAAUAUAACUUGAGCACUAUUUAUGGCUUGUAGCAUUCAUACUCAUCUUUUAAUAAACAACUUGGAAACAUGCA